UAAAACCAAACUUUGAAACAGGUGAUGUAGAGCUGAAGAAUAUGCAGCUGAAACCGGAGGCUCUAAAUGCUUUAAAGUUGCCAGUGAAGGUUAAAGCAGGUUUUCUUGGAUCAGUGAAACUUAAGGUUCCGUGGAGUAGGCUUGGCCAAGAUCCUGUUUUAGUAUAUUUGGAUCGCAUUUUCUUAUUAGCUGAACCUGCAACACAAGUUGAGGGAUGUAGUGAAGAUGCUGUCCAAGAAGCUAAGAAGAGCCUAAUACAGGAGACGGAAUUGAAACUGUGGGAGAAGUCACAACAACUACAGUCAGAAAUGAAUAAGUCAUGGCUGGGAUCUCUCAUCAGCACCAUAAUUGGAAAUUUGAAGCUUUCAAUUUCUAAUAUUCACAUCAGAUAUGAGGACGGUGAGAGCAAUCCAGGGCACCCAUUUGCAGCUGGUGUUAGUUUGGACAAACUCUCGGCUGUGACAGUUGAUGAUAGUGGGAAAGAGACUUUUAUUACUGGAGGUGCACUAGAUCGCAUUCAGAAGUGUGUUGAACUUGAUCGGCUUGCAGUUUAUUUAGAUUCAGAUAUUAUUCCAUGGCAUGUUGACAAAGCAUGGGAAGAUUUGCUUCCUUCAGAAUGGUUUCAGAUAUUUAAUUUUGGAACUAAAGAUGGGAAACCAGCGGAUACUUUGUCGCGAAAACACUCAUAUGUUCUGCAGCCGGUAACUGGGAAAGCAAAGUACUCAAAGCUGCAUUCGAGUGAAGUUGCUGAUAGCAAACAACCAUUGCAGACGGCUGUUGUGAAUUUGGAUGAUGUUACAAUCAGCUUAUCUAAGGAUGGAUACAGAGAUAUGAUGAAAUUAGCAGACAACUUCGCUACAUUUAAUCAACGUCUAAAGUAUGCUCAUUUCCGUCCACUGGUGCCAGUAAAAGCUGAUUCCAGGUCUUGGUGGAAGUAUGCUUACAGAGCUGUAUCCGAUCAGAUGAAAAAGGCAAGUGGAAAAAUGUCAUGGGAGCAAGUUUUAAGAUACACAAGGUUGCAGAAGAGAUAUAUUUCUCUCUAUGCUUCACUGCUUAAGUCUGAUCCCAGUCAGGUUACUAUUAGCGGAAGCAGAGAGAUUGAAGAUCUAGAUCGCGAACUUGAUAUUGAACUUAUACUGCAAUGGAGAAUGUUGGCGCACAAGUUUGUGGAGAAAUCAACGGAGUCAAAUCUUAAUGCGAGGAAACAGAAAGUGGGGAAAUCUUGGUGGUCAUUUGGAUGGAACGGUAACUCUCCUAAAGAGGAAACCGAGGAAUUCAAUUUCAGUGAAGAGGACUGGAACCAGUUAAAUAAAAUGAUCGGGUAUAAGGAGGGUGAUGAUGGGAAAUCGGAUGUAAAUAGCAAGGCAGAUGUUGUUCAUACUUUCCUGGUAGUUCACAUGAAUCACAAUGCUUCAAAACUUAUUGGGGAUGCAAAAGAGCCUGUUGCAGAAUUAUCAUGUGAGCAUCUUAGUUGCUCAAUAAAGCUUUAUCCGGAAACAAAGGUUUUUGACAUUAAGUUGGGUUCAUAUCAGUUAUUAUCACCAAAAGGCCUCCUUGCAGAGAGUGCAACUUCGUAUGACUCAUUAGUUGGAGUCUUCAAUUAUAAACCUUUUGAUGACAAGGUGGACUGGAGCUUGGUUGCCAAAGCUUCUCCAUGUUACAUGACUUAUAUGAAGGAUAGCAUUGAUCAAAUUGUGAAAUUCUUCGAAAGUGAUACUGCUGUAAGUCACACCAUUGCACUAGAAACUGCAGCUGCCGUGCAGAUGAAAAUUGAUGAAGUUAAGCGCACUGCCCAACAACAAAUGAACAAAGCAUUAAAGGAUCAUGCCAGGUUUUCAUUGGACUUGGAUAUUGCAGCUCCCAAGAUUACUAUUCCUACUGAUUUUUGUCCCGACAACACCCAUGCUACAAAGCUUUUGUUGGAUCUAGGGAAUUUGAUGAUCCGAACACAGGAUGACUAUCAAAAGGAUUCAGCCGAGGAUAAUAUGUACUUGCGAUUUGAUUUGGUUUUAAGUGAUGUCUCUGCAUUUUUGUUUGACGGCGACUAUCAUUGGAGCCAAAUUUCUCUGAAUACAAAAACUCGUUCUACAACUGGUGAUUUCUAUCCCGUUAUUGACAGAUGCGGAGUCAUUCUGCAACUUCAACUGAUUCAGUCAGAGACUCCUCAUUAUCCUUCAAUGCGUCUUGCUGUGAGGCUUCCAACAUUAGCUUUUCAUUUUUCGCCUGCUCGGUAUCAUCGACUGAUGCAUGUAAUAAAGAUCUUUGAGGAGGGGGAUGGUGAGAGCUCAGAGUUUCUUCGUCCUUGGAAUCAGGCUGACCUAGAGGGGUGGUUAUCUCUUCUAACAUGGAAGGGUGUCGGAAUUAGGGAAGCUGUGUGGCAGAGGAGAUACUUCUGCUUAGUUGGGCCUUUUCUUUAUGUACUUGAAAGCCCCGACUCAAGAUCUUACAAGCAGUACACCAGCCUACGAGGGAAACAAGUAUAUCAAGUUCCACCAGAGUUUGUUGGUAAUGUAGAUCAUGUUUUGGUUGUUUGUAGUCCUACACGACCCAAUAAUAAGGUUGUGGAGGAUGCAAAUGCACUGAUUUUACGAUGUGAAUCUGAGGAGUCAAUGAAAACCUGGCAUAGUCGCCUACAAGGCGCUAUCUAUUAUGCUUCGAAUACUGAUCCUAUCUCUGGUCUAUCCGAAUCCUCAUCAGAACAUGAUGAUACUGAAUCAGAACAUAAUCGUGGUGUGGUUGAUGUAGCAAUUGCUGAAAGAUUGUUUGUAACAGGUGUUCUUGAUGAAUUAAAGGUUUGCUUCAGUUAUAGUUACCAGUCUGAUCAGAGCUUAAUGAAGGUGCUUUUAAAUGAAGAGAAGCGCUUGUUUGAAUUUCGAGCAAUAGGUGGUCAGGUGGAGGUUUCUAUCCGAGAGAGUGACAUUUUCAUUGGUACUAUCUUGAAGUCUCUGGAAAUAGAAGAUUUAGUUUGCUGUAAUAAACAAUCUCAGCCUUGUUUUUUGGCAAGAUCAUUUAUUGGAAAUGCUGAUGAGAUUUCAUUAUUCUAUAAUACCACAAGAGAAAAUGUUGAUAGUAGUGGAAUAAUUCCUAUGGAAACUGAUGAUAAGUUUUAUGAAGCACCCGAAACUUUGGCAGAAAGUGCUGAUUAUUCUUCUUUGGAACUCCCAAAGUUCAGUCGCAUUAAUGGACUUCUACCCAGUGAUGCUUCUUCUACUAGUACUAAGGAACUUAGUGACACAUUGGAGAGUUUUGUUAAAGCACAAAUUGUCAUCUAUGACCAGAACUCUACUCUGUAUAAUAAUACAGAUAAGCAGGUUAUAGUGACUCUUGCUACCCUGACAUUUUUUUGUCGUAGACCAACAAUCCUAGCCAUUAUGGAAUUUAUCAAUUCUAUUAACAUUGAGGAUAGAAACCUUGCAACUUCAAGUGAGAGCUCUUCAGCCAUUAUUAAAAAUGAUGUAUCAAGAGACCUGGAUGAUUUAAAUGCCACUACAGUUGAGGAACAUGCUGUGAAGGGCUUGCUUGGAAAAGGGAAAUCCAGAGUUAUGUUCAAUCUAACAUUAAAAAUGGCUCAGGCCCAAAUCCUUUUGAUGAAGGAAAAUGAAACCAAGCUUGCUUGUCUGUCUCAAGAGAGUUUGCUGACGGACAUCAAGGUGUUUCCUUCCUCCUUUAGCAUUAAAGCAGCCUUGGGGAAUCUGAAAAUAAGUGAUGAUAGCCUACCUAGCAGCCAUUUGUAUUACUGGGCAUGUAACAUGAGAAAUCCCGGGGGAAGAUCUUUUGUGGAGUUGGAGUUCACAUCAUACAGCAACGAUGAUGAAGACUAUGAUGGUUAUGAUUUUAGUCUUUUUGGGGAGUUUUCAGAAGUGCGCAUUGUUUAUCUGAAUCGAUUUGUGCAAGAGGUUGUUGGCUAUUUUAUGGGUCUUGUUCCAAAUACCCCCAAAAGUGUCAUCAAAGUGACAGAUCAAGUGACAAAUUCAGAGAAAUGGUUUUCAGCUAGUGAAAUUGAAGGAUCGCCUGCUGUGAAGUUUGAUCUCUCUCUCUGGAAGCCAAUAAUAUUAAUGCCUCGGAGAACAGAUAGCCUUGAUUUUUUGAGGCUCGACAUUGUUCAUAUAACUGUGAAGAACACCUUUCAGUGGAUUGGUGGAAGUAAAAGUGAAAUCAAUGCAGUGCACUUGGAAACUUUAAUGGUUCAGAUUGAAGACAUCAAUUUAAAUGUUGGAACUGGAACAGACUUGGGCGAAAGCAUAAUUCAGGAUGUCAAUGGGCUAUCAGUGAUUAUUCAUAGGUCACUCCGAGACUUAUUGUGUCAGUUUCCAAGUGUGGAAGUCAUAAUCAAGAUUGAAGAGUUGAAAGCGGCAUUAUCAAAUAAAGAGUAUGAGAUUAUUACAGAGUGUUCUAUAUCCAACUUUUCAGAGGUUCCACAUAUUCCUCCACUGCCAAAUCAAUAUUCUUCCAUGGUAUUAGAUGACGCAACUGGAGAUAUUGUACCCGAGGUUGCAAAUGGUGAUGCUUCAGGGACCACAGUUGUUGAAUCCUCUACUCUUCUGAAAAUUUGUGUGUCCAUAAAUCUGGUUGAGUUGAGGUUAUAUACAGGGGUAACCAGAGAUGCAUCGCUGGCCACCGUACAGGUCAGCAGUGCAUGGCUACUGUACAAAUCCAGUACAGCCGGAAAUGGAUUCCUUUCUGCAACACUACAAGGUUUCAGUGUUUUUGAUGACCGAGAAGGAGUUGAACAAGGAUUUCGGUUAGCAAUAGGAAAGCCUGAGAGCAUUGGAGCCAGCUCUCCAAGUACUUUGUCGUAUUAUGAAAAUCAGGACUCAGUUGAUAGUAGCUCAAGUAAAGGGAAUAAUUUUGAACCAGUUCAGACGAUGCUCAUUGUUGAUAUGAAAUUUGGCCCAGAUUCAACAUUUGUUUCUGUGUGUAUCCAGAGACCUCAGUUACUUGUUGCACUAGAUUUUCUUCUUGCUGUAGUUGAGUUUUUUGUUCCAACAGUCAGCAGUAUGCUAUCAUUUGAAGAACACAAUUCCUCCAUGCUGGAUGCAAUCAUCAUAGAUCAGUCUAUCUACAAGCAACCCUGUGCUGAAUUUUCCCUCUCACCUCAAAAGCCUUUAAUAGUUGAUGAUGAGAAUUUUGAUCAUUUCAUUUAUGAUGGGGAUGGUGGAAUUUUAUAUUUAAAAGAUGGGCAGGGUUUGAAUCUUACAUCAGCUAGCUCAGAGGCUAUAGUCUAUAUUGGAAAUGGGAAGAAAUUGCAAUUUAGAAAUGUUGUUAUUAAGGGUGGACAGCACUUGGAUUCUUGUAUUUUUCUUGGGGCAAAUAGUAGGUAUUCAGCUUUAAAUGAUGAUCAUGUCUAUUUGGAACAAUCAGUUGAAAGUCCUCAGGCAAUGUCUCCGAGAGGUAGAGUGCAUGAAGUACCAUCCCAGAAUAACACAGUUAAUAACUCUGCGGAGGUUAUCGUUGAACUUCAGGCUGUUGGCCCAGAGCUUACGUUUUAUAACACAUCAAAAGAUGUAGGGGAAUCGUCAAACUUGUCUAAUAAACUUUUGCUAGCACAGUUGGAUGCAUUUUGCAGGCUUGUUUUGAAGGGUAACAAUACUGAGAUGAGUGCAGAUGUACUUGGUCUGGCUAUGGAGAGUAAUGGAAUCAGGAUUCUGGAGCCAUUUGAUACAUCUUUGAAGUACUCAAAUGCUUCUGGGAAGACCAAUAUACAUUUAUCUGUUUCUGAUAUAUUCAUGAAUUUCACGUUCAGUAUCUUGAGACUGUUUCUAGCAGUGGAAGAUAAUAUUCUAUCAUUUUUGAGGAUGACAUCGAAGAAAAUGACUAUUGUUUGUUCUCACUUUGACAAAGUUGGAGUCAUAGAAAAUCCUCAUAAUGGUCAAACUUUUGCCGUUUGGAGACCUCACGCUCCUCCUGGUUUUGCUGUACUUGGUGACUACCUGACACCACUAGACAAACCACCUACAAAAGGAGUCCUUGCAGUAAAUACCAAUUCUAUUACAGUUAAGAGACCCAUUAAUUUCAGAUUGGUUUGGCCACCUUUAGUUUCUUUGGCCAAUACAGGUGAGGAAAUGGACCAUUCUGAUUUAUCAUGGGAAACUGAGGCAGAUGGUAGCUGUUCUAUUUGGUUCCCUGAAGCUCCCAAAGGUUAUGUGGCACUAGGCUGUUUAGUUACUCAAGGAAGGACGCCGCCUCCUCUAUCUUCUGCUCUUUGCAUUCCUUCUUCUUCUGUAUCUCCAUGUUCAUUAAGGGAUUGUAUCAUAAUUGGCAUGGCUAAUACAUCCUCAUCCAGUGUGGCAUUUUGGCGAGUGGAUAAUUCUUUUGGCACUUUCUUGCCAGUUGAUCCCACUACACAUAGUUUGACGAGUAAAGCUUAUGAAUUGCGUUGCAUUAAGUAUGGUUCUCUGAAGGCAUCAUCAGAGGCAUUAAAUAGUUUGGAUUCUCACGCUCAUCCUGGGGGACAACAAACCUUGCAAUAUGACCAGUCUGCUGUUGCAAAUUCUAACAGGCGUUCGGAGCCUGUUGCAAGCUUUCAAUUAAUAUGGUGGAAUCAGGGAUCAAAUUCAAGAAAGAGGUUAUCCAUAUGGCGUCCAGUUGUCCCAAUGGGAAUGAUAUAUUUUGGAGAUAUAGCUGUUAAAGGGUAUGAGCCUCCUAAUACCUGCCUUGUUCUUCAUGAUUCCAGAGAUGAAAAUAUUUUUAAAACUCCCCUAGAUUUUCAACUUGUUGGACAAAUUAAAAAGCAGAGGGGAAUGGAAAGUAUAUCAUUCUGGCUUCCCCAAGCUCCUCCUGGUUUUGUUUCCUUGGGUUGUGUUGCUUGUAAAGGGAAACCUAAGCAAAAUGAGUUUAGCACAUUAAGAUGCAUACGCAGUGAUUUGGUUGCCGGAGAUAAAUUUCUGGAAGAAAGUGUGUGGGAUACGUCAGAUGCAAAGCAUGUAAAAGAGCCAUUUAGCAUAUGGACUGUUGGCAAUGAGUUGGGGACUUUUAUUGUCCGUGGUGGUUUCAAAAGACCCCCAAGAAGAUUUGCUUUGAAGCUAGCAGAUUUUAGCAUGCCAAGCGGUUCAGAUGCGACAAUCAUUGAUGCUGGAAUUGGAACCUUCUCAAUUGCUCUUUUUGAUGACUACAGUGGUUUGAUGGUUCCUUUGUUCAAUAUAUCUUUUAGUGGAAUAACAUUUAGUUUGCAUGGUCGAACUGGAUAUCAGAAUUGCACUGUCGGUUUCUCCUUGGCUGCAAGAUCAUACAAUGAUAAGUAUGAAGCCUGGGAGCCUCUGGUUGAGCCUGUAGAUGGCUUCUUAAGGUACCAAUAUGAUCUCAACGCCCCAGGUGCCGCUUCUCAAUUACGUCUGACAUCAACUCGAGAUCUGAAUUUAAAUGUUUCAGUUUCUAAUGUUAAUAUGAUCAUUCAAGCUUAUGCAAGCUGGAACAACCUUAGCCAUGUUCAUGAAGGUUAUCAAAAUCGAGAUGCAUUUUCUCCAACAUAUGGUGGUAACUCUACAAUUGAUGCUAUCCACAAGAGAAAUUAUUAUAUAAUCCCACAAAACAAACUUGGUCAGGAUAUAUUUAUACGUGCUACAGAAGCCAGUGGACUGCAAAAUAUAAUUAUGAUGCCAUCUGGGGAUAUGAAGGCCGUGAAAGUACCUGUAUCCAAAGAUAUGCUAGAAUCUCAUUUGAGGGGUGAACUUUGUAGAAAAAUAAGAACAAUGGUGACGAUCAUCAUAGCAGAAGCACAGUUUCCUCGAGUUGGAGGCUCAGAUUCUCAGCAAUACGCGGUGGCUGUCCGGCUUUCUCCUAAUUCAAGUCUCCCUAAUGAUGCAUUGGUUCAUCAACAGAGUGCACGCACAUGUGGAAGAAGGGCAAAUCAAUUGUUUCCUUCCGAUCUUGAGUUAGUCCAGUGGAAUGAAAUAUUUUUCUUCAAAGUUGAUUCACUGGAUUACUAUAAUUUGGAAUUAAUUGUGACAGAUAUGAGUGAAGGAGUUCCAAUUGGGUUUUUUUCAGCUUCCUUGAGCGAGAUAGCAAAAACUAUUGAGGAUUCCUCAUAUUCCCAAAAAUUUUCCUAUAAGCUGAACUGGAUAGAUUUGUCUGCUGACGAUUCUUUGUCCAUGGAUGCUUAUCAGAAGAAGACUCGCAAAUUACGUUGUGCCAUACUAAUGCAUAGUUCUGAAGCCCAGAAUAGCAACCAACAGUCUAACUAUGAUGUUCAUAAAUCUGGGUUUAUUCAAAUUAGUCCUAGCAAGGAAGGUCCUUGGACUACUGUAAGGCUAAAUUAUGCUACCCCUGCUGCUUGCUGGAGGUUGGGUAAUGCUGUUGUUGCCAGUGAAGCUAGUGUAAAGGAAGGCAAUAGAUAUGUCAAUAUUCGAUCUCUGGUCUCUGUUCGUAACAGCACAGACUUUGUUCUCGAUUUGCGUCUUACUUCGAAAGUUCCAUCUGAAAAAAUGAAUUUGCUGCAAAACUCAAGUGAUUCUGAAUCCAGUGUAACAGAGAGCUAUAAAAUUCAGACAGAUGAGUUUUAUGAGAUACAAAAGUUAACUGCACAUGAUGGUUGGGUUCGGUGGUCGGGUUCUCCUGAGCAGCAUAUGUCAGACAAGGGAAAAUCUCAUCAGGAUUUUCCUGAAAUUGAUCUACCGCCAGGUUGGGAAUGGGUUGAUGAUUGGCAUUUGGAUAAAAAAUCUACCAAUACUUCUGAUGGUUGGAUUUAUGCUCCUGAUAUUAACAGUUUGAGAUGGCCUGAAUCCUUUGAUCCAAAGGAUUCUUCUAAUUCUGCUAGGCAGGGGAAAUGGCUAAGAAACAGGAAGCUGAUAGCAGACGAUCUUAAGCAUGAAAUAUCUGUUGGGCUACUCCAACCAGGAGAAGCUGCUCCGCUUCCUUUAUCUUGCUUGACACAGUCUAUACAAUAUUUCUUGCAAUUAAGGCCUGGAUCCUCAGAAACCCCGUUAGAGUACUCUUGGAGUACUGUAAUGGACAGACCUAGGCUAUCAGAGGAUGUUGCCAUAAGGGAGCAGUGCUCAAAUCUGUGUGUUUCAGCUCUUUCAGAGUCAGAGGAACUACUGUGCUGCAGUGAGAUGCAUGGAACCUCAGGUGGUUCCCACAAGUUCUGGUUCUGUGUAAGCAUACAAGCAACUGAGAUUGCUAAAGACAUGCAUUCUGAUGCUAUUCAGGAUUGGUGUUUGGUGGUCAAAUCCCCGCUAACGAUUAGCAAUUUUCUUCCCCUUGCUGCUGAAUAUUCAGUUCUUGAAAUGCAAUCAAGUGGUCAUUUUCUUACAUGUUCAAGAGGUGUAUUUUUAUCUGGAAAAACUGUGCAAAUAUACAGUGCUGAUAUUAGGAAACCUUUGUUCUUAUCUUUGCUUCCACAAAGGGGUUGGCUUCCCGUACAUGAAGCUGUUCUUAUAUCUCAUCCUAAUGGGAAUCCAUCAAAGACAAUUAGUUUGAGAAGUUCAAUAUCUGGAAGGGUUGUCCAAAUUAUUCUUGAACAGAACUAUGACAAGGAGUGCGCUUUGCUGGCGAAAACAAUUAGAGUCUAUGCUCCUUAUUGGUUAGGAGUAGCUAGAUGUCCUCCACUAACAUUUAGGAUUCUUGAAACAUCAGCAAAAAGAAGACUGCCAAAAAAAAAUGGAUCAGUCUUUGAAGAAAUAACUGAUGAGGAAAUUUAUGAUGACCACACACUUGUAUCUGCUUUAAACUUUAAUAUGUUGGCCUUAUCAGUAGCCAUUGCUCAAUUAGGAACUGAGCAGUUUGGACCUGUUAAAAGUCUUGCUUCACUUGGUGAUAUGGAUGGUUCUUUGGAUAUAUAUGCAUAUGAUGGUGAUGGAAAUUGCUUGCGGCUGAUUAUUUCUACAAAACCAUGCUUCUUUCAGUCUGUUCCAACUAAGAUAAUUUCUGUUCGGCCAUUUAUGACUUUCACAAAUAGAAUUGGUCAAGAUAUCUUCAUCAAGUUAAGCACUGAAGAUGAACCGAAGGUUUUGCGUGCUUCUGAUUCAAGGAUGUCCUUUGUCUGUCGCGGAGCUGGUGGACCCGAAAAACUCCAGGUGAGACUAGAAGGUGCCAAUUGGUCAUAUCCCUUUCAAAUUUUAAGAGAAGACACGAUUUCUCUUGUUUUGAGGAUGAAUGAUGGUACUCUUAGAUUUUUAAGAACUGAAAUCCGUGGAUAUGAAGAAGGAACCCGGUUUGUGGUGGUAUUCCGCCUUGGAUCAACCGAUGGUCCCAUCAGAAUCGAAAACAGAACAAUAGACAAGGCACUUAGCAUUCGCCAGUCUGGAUUUGGUGAAGAUUCCUGGAUUCUGUUGAAACCUCUCUCAUCUACUAACUUUUCUUGGGAAGAUCCAUAUGGCGAUAAGUUUUUAGAUGCAAAACUUAGUGAAGAAGAUAGCAAUGCAAUUUGGAAACUUGAUUUGGAAAAGACUGGAUUGUGCUCGGCUGAAUUUGGAAUGCAAUUACAAGUUUUCGAUGUGGGAGACAUAAUAGUUGCAAAAUUCAGAGAUGAUAAGAUGCUCAGUUCAAGCUUAUUUGAAGAGAUUAGAGACCCAACACCAACUGAAAAAUGGGGAGUUUCUUCUGUUCAUGCUGAGAUGCAAAACAGUGUUACACCGUUUGAGCUCAUAGUUGAGUUAGGAGUAGUUGGAAUUUCUAUGGUGGACCACAGACCAAAGGAGCUCUCCUAUUUAUACUUAGAAAGGGUGUCCUUAACGUAUUCAACUGGCUAUGAUGGUGGAAGGACAAGCAGGUUCAAACUUAUAUUUGGUUAUUUGCAACUGGACAACCAGCUCCCUCUUACCUUAAUGCCCGUGCUCUUGGCACCAGAUCAGAUCUCUGAUGUGCAACACCCAGUAUUCAAGAUGACAAUUACAAUGCAGAAUGAGAAUAAAGAUGGAGUUCAAGUUUACCCAUAUGUUUACAUACGGGUAACAGAAAAGUGCUGGAGACUUGAUAUUCACGAACCUAUUAUUUGGGCUAUUGUGGAGUUCUACAACAAUUUACAGUUGAACCGCUUGCCUAAAAGUUCAACAGUCACAGAAAUUGAUCCAGAAAUACGUUUUGACUUAAUAGACGUAUCUGAAGUGAGGUUGAAGUUGUCACUGGAAACUGCUCCAGGACAAAGACCUCACGGGGUCCUAGGCAUAUGGAGUCCUAUACUUUCUGCGGUUGGAAAUGCCUUCAAGAUCCAGGUACAUUUGAGGAGGGUAAUGCACAGAGACAGAUUCAUGCGGAAAAGCUCUAUAGUUUCGGCCAUUGGAAACCGUGUUUGGAGAGAUUUGAUUCACAACCCUUUGCAUUUAAUAUUUUCAGUUGACGUGCUAGGUAUGACUAGUUCAACCUUGGCUUCUCUUAGCAGAGGAUUUGCCGAGCUCUCCACUGAUGGACAAUUUCUACAACUACGGGCAAAGCAGGUUCGAUCAAGGAGAAUUACUGGGGUUGGGGAUGGGAUCAUUCAAGGAACAGAAGCCCUUGCUCAAGGAUUUGCUUUUGGGGUUUCUGGUGUGGUGAGAAAGCCUGUCGAAAGUGCCCGACAGAAUGGUCUCUUAGGGUUGGCUCAUGGGCUUGGCCGUGCAUUUUUAGGUUUCAUUGUGCAGCCAGUAAGUGGGGCACUGGAUUUUUUCUCAUUGACUGUUGAUGGAAUUGGUGCAAGCUGUUCCAAGUGCCUUGAGGUUUUCAACAGCAGGACUACCUUUCAAAGAAUUAGAAAUCCUCGGUCUAUACAUGCUGAUGGGAUACUCAGAGAGUAUUAUGAGAGAGAAGCUAUUGGGCAGAUGGUGCUUUACCUUGGAGAGGCAAGUCGGCAAUUUGGCUGUACUGAGAUUUUCAAGGAACCUUCAAAAUUUGCAUUGUCUGAUUAUUAUGAAGAGCAUUUUACUGUACCUCAUCAGAGAAUUGUUUUAGUUACCAACAAACGAGUCAUGUUGCUACAGUGUCUUGCUCCUGAUAAGAUGGAUAAAAAGCCUUGCAAAAUCAUGUGGGAUGUGCCUUGGGAUGAGUUGAUGGCAUUGGAGUUAGCAAAAGCAGGCAGUUCCCAACCCUCUCAUUUGAUCCUCCAUCUGAAACAUUUCCGGAGAUCUGAGAAUUUUGUUAGAGUCAUAAAAUGCAGUAGUGUGGAAGAAUUUGAGGGAAGAGAACCCCAAGCUGUAAAGAUAUGUUUAGUAGUGCGUAAAACGUGGAAGGCAUAUCAGUCUGAUAAGAGAAGCUUGAUUCUGAAAGUUCCUUCAAGUCAGAGACAUGUAUACUUUUCCUGGACUGAAGUGGAUAGUAGAGAACCACGCACCUUAAAUAAGGCCAUUAUUAGUUCAAGAGAAAUAUCAUCAUCUAGCACUGCAUCUGAUGACAGGCGAUUCGUCAGACAUGGCAUUACGUUUUCCAAAAUAUGGAGCAGUGAACAAGAAUACAAAGGCCGAUGUUCGUUAUGCAAAAAACAGACCUCUCAAGAUGGUGGAAUUUGUAGCAUUUGGAGGCCUGUGUGUCCUGAUGGGUAUACUUAUAUUGGGGAUAUUGCUCAUGUUGGCAUCCAUCCUCCAAAUGUUGCUGCUAUCUACCGCAAGAUUGAUGAAUUUUUUGCUCUCCCCGUGGGAUACGAUCUGGUGUGGAGAAAUUGCUUAGAAGACUAUGUGAGUCCGGUGUCAAUUUGGCACCCACGGGCACCAGAUGGAUUUGUGUCUCCUGGAUGUGUUGCCAUUGCUGGUUAUUUGGAACCAGAGCCUGAUCUUGUUCACUGUAUUGCUGAGUCUCUGGUUGAGGAAACACAAUUUGAAGAUCAAAAAGUUUGGUCUGCACCUGAUUCAUAUCCAUGGAGCAUUCAUAUGUAUCAAGUACAGAGUGAUGCUCUACAUUUUGUGGCUCUACGACAAACCAAGGAAGAAUCUGACUGGAAGCCCAAGAGGGUCCGUGAUGGCCCUCACUCUCAGUUGCAAUCACCGUAGUCUUAAUCUCCCUGGAGCUUCUGUAUCUGUGCAUGUGCCGUUCUAAAGAAGACAAUACUUAAUGCAUAGAAACAAAAAAGAAGACAGUAAUACAAGAUGGAGGCUUUGUUUUUCUUGUGAUUAUUACUUGUGUCCGGCUUGAUUGAACUUGAAUGAGUAUAAUGCAGUGUACAUAUAUUCUAUCUGAUUCACUGGUUCAUUCAGUGAUAGAUGUUGUAUGCUUGAUGUACCCAAAAUGCACCAAGUGGCAACUGCUACAUUGCAAGCAGUGAUCCAUUUAUACUUGUAUUGCUGCAAAGACGCUUUUGGCUUUUCAUUUUGAUAUACCACAUGUUACACAACUGGGGUCCACCCACUUUAAAGAUUUUGCUGAUUUGUUGUA